AUGGUCGAGCUACCUCCACCCAACAUCGCGCCAGAGCCAGUCCAACCAAACGAGCUAUUCCUCGCACCUCAUGGAAACCUCGAUGCAUCGCCGCUCGUAGACCUCCGUCGUGCACAUGAGUCGGAGCGUGCUGCGAAAGGUGUGCGGACCAGCACGUACGCAAGACAGGGCUCAGCCGCAAGGGACAAUGAUCGUGAUGCAAAUACGGAGCAAGCCAGCACUCGACGCGCUAUCAUCCGAGAGAUGUCAGCGAUCAUUCGGGAACAGCAGGACAAUGUGGGCACGACAAGUGGGUUGAACCGUACCACACGUAUACAGCAAGGGCCGGCACCCACUGGCAACUCUGCGAAUGCCGCCCUCGCUGCUGGACAACGCGCGGCAGCGCUUGUCCAGCGUCGCGCCAAGGUCUUCCUAGGGUUGAAGAUUCCCUAUGCGAAGGAUCUCGCCGACGCUCGCGUUGGUAAAACCACGUCCGCGAACCAGAACAACUCGCCGCUCAUGCCUGGAGAUUAUAGUGUAGUAGUUGACGACAGCGGCCGUAUUAUGGUGGGCCGAGUACUCGCAGUAUUGUCCCGUACUGCCGGAGGUAAAGGCGUCGCGCACGCAUGCCAGUGGCAGCCCCAGUGCACAACCAUUGGCCAUGUCUCGUAUCCAUCGGUCUUCGAGCAACUAGAGAACCGCCAUUUGCAGAUCCUGGAGGCAAUCAAGCAGCUCAAGAGUCGUAAGAAACGUCAAGGUCAGGCGGGCACGAAGGACGACGCAUCGGAUACGGACGUCGACGAAGACGAGUGA